AGAGGGAUCUGGGGAGAAGGUACAGCUUGGGGUGUGCCUGGGUUGAGCAGGGGCUGACAGAGCAUGUCCCCGUACCUCUCAUCUUUGGUGUCAUCUGAGCCCCAGGGCCUCUCUGCUCCCAGACUGAAAGAUAUUGGAAGAGAAGACAAGGGAACAUUUUUCCAGUGUUGCACAGAGUGGGUUCAACAAAUGCAAGCUGAAAAGAGCCUCUAGUGACUUGUGGAAGACUACCCCAAUCUGCCCAGGCCAGGCCUAGAGGCCAGUGCCAUGGCCUGAGGGCACAGCUCGUGGUGAGGUCCAGCCGCUGGGCAGGAAGAGGACAAGAGGUCAGGUGGCUGCAGAAGUGAUGGCUGCGGGACCUGUCAGAGGAGGGCCGAACGAAGACCUGCCUCCCCUCGUGAUCCCUGAUCCAUGCGCAUGGGCACGCAAGUGACUCCACGGAGCAUCCACUGUGUGCCGGCCCCAUGCUAGGUUCCAGUGGUCCAGGGAGCCUUUUCUGAGCUGCACUGCCUCAGACAAGUCACUUGACCAUUCUGACCUUGAGUUUUCUCUUGUGCUAAAGGGCUAAUGGGAGUCUACCUCAUAGGGCAGCUGCUGGGAUAUCACAGAGAUGAGGUUCUCAAAGUGCAAAGCAGAAGGUCCAGCCAAGAGUCGGUGCCUAAGAAAACAAAGACAGGAGGAGACUCGGGGGAGGAGGGGUUGGUGUUGGGGAGCUGGAGAUGGAGGGUGAGGCUGGAGGGCAGUCCUUCAAAUGCAGAGAAACCCCCAGGCCCCACUGGCGGAUGGGAGCAGCUGGGGGUAAAGGCCUGGUGCCAGUGUCCUUACAGCCACUGCCCAUUCAUUCCCAGCUCAGCCAUCCUGAUUUACCUGAGCUGUAAGUACCAGACGGCGGACCACUGGUAUCCAUCUGACCUGCAGGCUCGUGCCCGUGUUCAUGAGUACCUGGGUUGGCAUGCUGACUGCAUCCGCGGCACCUUUGGUGUACCCAUGUGGGUCCAGGUGUUGGGGCCACUCAUUGGGGUCCAGGUGCCCGAAGAGAAGGUGGAACGCAACAGGACUGCCAUAGACCAGGCCCUGCAAUGGCUGGAGAACAAGUUCCUGGGGGACAGGCUCUUCCUUGCUGGCCAGCAGGUGACGCUGGCUGAUCUCAUGGCGCUGGAGGAGCUGAUGCAGCCGGUGGCUGUCGGCUACGAACUAUUCAAGGGACGGCCACGACUGGCAGCAUGGCGUGAACGAGUGGAGGCUUUCCUGGGUGCUGAGCUGUGCCAGGAGGCCCACAGCCUCAUCUUGAGCAUCCUGGAACAGGCGGCCAAGAAAACCCUCCCAACACCCCCACCAGAGGUCUAUCCGACUAUGCUACUUCGAAUUGCCAGGAUCCCCUGAAGGGUCUGGAAUGGGGCCCAGGAGAUUCGCCAUGAGGAUUCAUUCUGUUACUUACUUGCCCCUGUUUAUCUUUCCGUCUUGCCCCAGUCCCUUGUCUCCAGCUUCAUGUGAAGCUCUGCACAGGCAAGACUGUGUCCUUGGCAGUGCUGCUUCUCCUUAGGUACAGCAUACAUAACCAGUAAGAGACUAAAUCUGCAAUACAUAAAAAACUCCUACAAAUCAGUAACGUGAAGAACACUGAAAAAUUGGCAAAUGUCAUCAGUGUUUUAAAUAUAAUAAAGAUCCCAAACACUUUGAAUAG